AUGCUACGUCGGAGCUCAAUCGUCUCGGUUACGAGGUCAGGAUCCCGGUACUUUCAUAGCUCCAUAAAACUUCGAAAGGAAGAGAAAAGUAAUAUAUCUGGCAAUAAAGAAUAUGAAGACCAAUCUACAGUAGAUGCUGCAGCUACUCAGAUAGAACAGAACUUAUACAACUCAGUGUUUGAAAGAGUCAAACAGAAGCAGAAUCUUAGGAAGAAACAAGCCAGUUCGUCCUUUAUUCUUGAUCAUUUCUUUAGUGGUAAUGAGGAGAAACAAAACCCACAUAUAAUAUUUGGUGGUGAAUCCAAAGCUAAGGCAAAAUCUGACCAAAAUUUAGUUGACUAUUUGACUGGCCGCAUUGAUUCAGAGAGCAACCUCUCAAGCUUCAAGAGCACCAAUUUGAGGAAGUAUCCUGUUUCUUUGACCAGUACAAGCUUGCUAGAUGAAGAUACUGCAUCAGCUCAAAACGUUAUUAAAGAUUUGAAGGACAACUUAAAGAACGUCAAUACUGUUUCAAGACUGGAGACUCCUCAAAACUUGAAAUUGGUAUUCAACAAGAAAACCCUCGAAGAGAUCACAAUCAAAGAGAAAUUCAAAGGUACUUUGGAGCUGCUUUUGAAACCUUACAUGGAUAACCUCAUAGAAGCAAUAAACGACGAUCAUGAUCUUUUGGUGAAAGCUGAACAGUUACUGAAACUAUAUGAAAAUAGAGAUAAGAAAUGGGAUAACCGGGAAUCUGGUGAAGUCAAAGUUAUUUUAGAUCAUUUGAAAACUACAUGUACGGAUAAUCCAACAGAGUUACCACAACCAUACCGAGUUUCACUUCCAUACGUAAUAGUUAAAUUGCUCGAAAGGCAAACUUUUGAAUUCUCCACUGAUAGACUAUACCGUAUCAUUACUUACAUCUACAAUUAUUGUAAAAGUUCCCCUGAUAUUACAUUAUAUUUGAAUGUGUGCAAUGUUGAUUUCUACAACUCGCUACUAUCGCUAUCAUGGGAAAGUUACUCCGAGAUAAAGCAGAUCCGUCACAUCACAUCUGAGAUGAAGAUCAAUGGUAUAUUCGGAGAUAUAUCAACAAUUGAGAAGCUGAACAAGAUAGUAGGCGAAGCUCGCGAAUUUAACGAUAACAUUCCAACUGUGGAUGAACUUGGAAAUAUCCAGAAGAAAUACAACUCAGUGUCGGUAGUCUGGGAUAAGGAUUCACCCAAUGAUUUACGCAUGGUGGAGAUCUACCUACGUGACUUGAAGGAACGUUUAACCAAUUAG